AAGGCUCCAUUUCCAGUUUCCAACUACAGUUGCAUCAACUUAAAAGCCACCAUGAGCCGAAGCCCGGAGAGGAUGUCUUCAUACCGCCGUUGUUUUGAGGACAACAUUGCCUCAACAUCCCACCUCCGGGUUUCCAGUCCUUCUCCCACCAGGAGAGAGAACCGCCACCGCUCAGCCAGCUUCAACCGAAGUGGCGGGUGGAAGUUGGGGGGGCAUAGAGCACUCACCAAGCAAAAACUGACAAGCAGUUCAAGUAUGGGGGUCCUUUGUGUAGGUUCAUCCCUGGAACCGGGGAAUAAGAUGGAUCUGGAUGUGGCUGCAGCACAAAACCAGGCCUUCAAGUUGACACGCACCAAUGAGAAGCAGGAGAUGGUUGUUCUCAAUGAUCGUCUGACAGUUUAUAUUGAAAAGGUUCGAUCAUUGGAAUCCAAAAACAACCUUUUGGAGGCUGAGAUUGAGGCCUUAAAGAGCUCCUAUGAAAGAACAUCCAGCCUGAGGCAGCUCUACGCGUCUCAGCUGAAGGAGCUCAACAGGGAGGCUGAGCAAAUGAGAGAGCAGAGGAAUUUGUCCUUGGCAGAAAAGGAAGCAAAGCUGAGCCAGCUGGAUGUGCUGAAGGCCAAAUAUCAUGAAGCUCUGGAUGCCAGGAAGCAAACAGAGCUCCACAUAGAGACUUUACGUCCUGAUGUGGAUAAAUCAACCUCAGCUCGAAUUAAACUGGAGAAGCAGCAGGAAAACCUGGAGGUUGAACUGGCAUUUCAGCAAAAAGUCCACAAGGAGGAAAUCGAGGAGCUGAUGCAGCAGAUCUAUGCAGCCUCCUCCAAGACGGACCUGACCUUUGGCCUCCCAGAUCUUUCUUUAGCUCUCACACAGAUCCAGUCUCAGUAUGACAGCAUUGCUGCCAAAAAUCUGCAGGAAAUGGAUACUUGGUACAAAACAAAGUUUCAUGACAUGAGUCAUGCCUCUACAAAAUAUGCAGAAAGUGUUCGAGCAUUGAAAGAAGACAUUGCAGGUUACAGGAAGGAUAUCCUGAACAAAGAGCGGGACUUAGACUUUCUGAAGAUGAGGAAUGAGUUCUUGGAGACUCAAAUUCAUGAAGCAAUGGACAAAAACAAGAACGAAGAGGAGAACUUACAGGAACAAAUGGAGUCGAUGAAUGCGGACCUGAAGCUCACCAAGGAGAAGAUGGCUCUGCUGAUGCGGGAAUAUCAAGACCUGCUGAACGCUAAGAUGGCUUUGGAGAUAGAAAUCACCACAUAUAGGAAACUGAUCGAAGGGGAAGACAGUCGUCUCAGCACCAUGGUUGGAGGCCUGAGCCUGACCGACGGUUUGAAUCCGACUCCAGACUCUCUAUUUUCCUCUGAUACACCGGCCCUCACAGGUACUUUGAAGCUCACAGAAGGACUCCAAGAUACAAGUGGAAGCAGCAAUGAGAAGGUUGCAGCUUCCGGACAGUUAGAGGGCGUUUCUGAAGAGACCCAGAAGAAUGGAACUUCCCAGGAUCAGGCAUGUGCAGUGUGCGAGAGGAAGACGCUCCUCAUCAGAAAGGUUAAGACAGAUGAGGACACGUAUGUGAGCAACACUAAGCAGUGCACCAUCACCAUUUCUGGAGCAGCUGAGGACACAGAUGAAGAGUAAAGCAGUCAUCGCCAGAACCAGUGAUUUAUCCUGAUUUAGAAUAUGUAAAAAAAAAACAAAAUAAUGUAUGAAAACGGUUAUAUCCUUCUUUGUUGCUGCUUCUAACAAACCUCAAGCUUGUGUAUUUAUUUAACAUCCCUGUGUCAGAAGUAACAAAAUAAACAACAAGCAAGCAUA